ACCCCCCAAUUGCUUGUUAAUGAUUAAUUUCAUUUCUCCAAAAAAAAAAAAAAAAUGAGGGAUCAAUAUUUCAUCCAUAAAAUUGCUCUCAUAGCAUCAAUAAUAUGCUCUACCCUUCUUGUAAAUAUAAAUUGCUCUCACAAACAGCCACUCCCGCCGUUCUCUUGCGACGCGUCCGAUCCAUCGACAAAGUCAUACCGGUUCUGCAACGUCGAUUUGCCGAUCGGAAAACGGGCCCACGACUUAAUCACGCGCCUAACCUUAGACGAGAAAAUAUCUCAGCUCGUGAGUAAGGCGUCGGCCAUUCCGAGGCUAGGGAUACCGUACUACGAGUGGUGGUCGGAGGCUCUGCAUGGAGUCGCCGGUGCGUUUUCGGUGGAAACCGGGAUCGCAUUCAACGGGACUAUACGGGCGGCAACGAGUUUUCCGCAAGUUAUACUCACUGCAGCUACAUUCGACGAGAAACUUUGGUAUCGAAUCGCCAAGGUGAUCGGAACGGAGGCUCGAGCAAUAUACAACGAAGGAGAGUCAAUAGGGAUGACAUUUUGGUCACCAAAUAUCAACAUUUUCCGAGACCCGAGGUGGGGAAGGGGACAAGAGACACCUGGCGAAGACCCUUUUCUUACAAGUAAAUACGCCGUCUCCUUCGUUCGAGGAAUCCAAGGCGACAGUUUCGAAGGCGGUGACCUCAAAGACGGCCAUCUUCUAGCUUCCGCAUGUUGCAAGCAUCUCACCGCCUAUGAUUUGGAGAGUUGGGAUGGAAAUAACCGAUUUACGUUCAACGCUCACGUCACAAAGCAGGAUAUGGCAGAUACAUAUCAGCCGCCUUUCAAAAGUUGUGUCGAAAAAGGCCGAUCUAGUGGGAUUAUGUGUGCUUAUAAUCUCGUAAAUGGUGUUCCCAAUUGUGCGGAUUACGAUCUACUAACGAAAACCGCUCGUGGCAAAUGGGGAUUCAAAGGGUAUAUAACAUCCGAUUGUGACGCGGUCUCUCUAAUUUACGAGAAACAACAUUACGCAAAAUCGCCCGAAGAGGUUGUGGCUGAUGUUCUCAAAGCAGGAAUGGAUGUUAAUUGCGGCGACUAUCUAGCAAAUCACACAAAAUCAGCAGUCGAGAAGGGGAAAGUGUCGGAAUCUGAUAUAGACAGAGCCCUUCACAACCUCUUCUCUGUCAGAAUGAGAUUAGGACUUUUCAACGGUAAUCCAAGUGAACUUCCUUACGGCAACCUUAGCCGUAACAACAUAUGUACUCGCAAGCAUCAAGAUUUGGCACUCGAAGUUGCACGUGACGGGAUUGUCCUUUUAAAGAACUCCGCGAAUCUUCUUCCACUAUCCAAAUCCAAAACAGAAUCGCUUGCGGUAAUAGGCCCCAAUGCCAAUGUCUCGAAAACACUCUUGGGAAACUAUGCAGGCCGCCCUUGCAAAACCAUUACUCCACUACAAGGACUAACGAAUUAUGUCGAGAGAAUUGGAUUCCACAAGGGCUGCGAAACAAUCAACUGCACAUCGAUUGACUCAAGUGAAGCCGUGAGAAUCGCGGAGUCGGCUGAUUAUGUGGUUCUGGUAAUGGGACUGAAUCAAGAUCGCGAGCGCGAAGAGCUUGAUCGAGAAGACUUGGUACUCCCGGGCAAGCAACAAAAGCUCAUCAAGCGCGUUGCAAAGGCUGCUAAAAGGCCGGUUAUAUUGGUAUUGCUCUGUGGAGGUCCCGUUGAUAUUUCGUUUGCAAAAAAUAACCGGAAGAUCGGAGGUAUUUUGUGGGCUGGAUAUCCCGGUGAAGCAGGGGGGAAAGCAAUUGCAGAGAUCAUAUUUGGUGAUCAUAAUCCAGGAGGAAGGCUGCCUAUAACUUGGUAUCCGAAAGAUUUCAUCGAAGUACCAAUGACUGAUAUGAGAAUGAGGCCCGACCCAUGGUCUGGCUUUCCCGGGCGAACAUAUAGAUUUUACCAAGGCGAAAAGGUUUUCGAAUUCGGCUACGGUCUUAGCUACUCAAAAUUUUCUUACAAGUUUGUUUAUGUCAGCCGAAGCAAGCUCGAUCUCAAGAGAUUAUCAACCACAGAAAGAAACCCAGAAUACGUUCCGGUUUCGGAUAUUAUUACAAAGUCAUGUGAGGAGGCGAAGUUUUUAGCUAUUGUUAGCGUUAAGAAUGAAGGUGAUAUGGCCGGUAAACACUCGGUUUUGCUAUUCGUAAGGCACGAUGAAGCUGGUAAUGGGAGUCCCGUGAAACAGUUGGUCGGGUUUCAGACAGUGAGGUUGAACGCAAAGGAGAAGACUAAUGUCGAAUUUGAAAUAAAUCCAUGUCAGCACUUUGCAAGAGCUAGUGAAGAUGGAACAAUGGUUAUUGAAUCGGGGGCUCGUCGCUUAACCGUAGGAGAUCGUGAAGAGUAUCGAUUCAGCGUAAUUUUUUGAUAAAAAGUUCUAAUAAAAGGCCAGAAUUAUUAGCAAUUGUCGUUAGAACUUACUAGAAUCUCUUAAUUGUGUAAUGCAAUUGAAUAAUAUUGUGUUGAUUAUUUUCAAAGAAAAUGUGGAUAAUCUCUAUCAUUUUGGUGAUACAUUUUAUUUAUAUGUCUUACAUU